AUCACUGGUGGGUGUGUCUGCUCUCACAAUAUAGCUGCGGAGGAAAGUGAUAAUGGUAUAGACAAUGCAAGUGGCGACAAUGGAACAAUACUCGGCGCCGGGGACCCGGUCGGCGGCGCAGGAGGACUUGAUGGCAACGGAGUCGUCGCCGGAGAUACUGGCUUCGUGCUAGGAGCCGUAGCUGGAGUAACAGCUAGUGGGGAUAGAGAUGGAACAGCCAGAGGAGGCGAAAUUACCGGAGGUGGUGGAGUGUUUGGUACAGGAGGAGGAGUAGCCGGUGGUGGUGCGCUCACUGGCGGAGGAGUAGCUGGUGGUGGUGCGCUCACUGGGGGAGGAGUAGCUGGUGGUGGUGCACUCACUGGGGGAGGAGUAGCUGGUGGUGGUGCACUCACUGGCGGCGGAGUAGCUGGUGGUGGUGCGCUAACUGGCGGCGGAGUAGCUGGUGGUGGUGCGCUCACUGGCGGAGGAGUAGCGGGCGGUGGAGUUGAAACUGUAGGAGGCGGCGUCGCCGUUGGAGGUGGCGUUGUUGUCGGUGGUGGAGUUGCCGUUGGUGUCGGUGGCGCGGCAGUGGUGGUUGGAGGAGGAGCAGUGGUAGUAGGAGGAGCCGGUGUUACAGGAGUUGAUGAAGGAGAUGUUGCAGGAGCUUGGCCUCCGACACCGGCGACGACAAUGCAGACAAAAGCUAUACCAAACAAUGACUUGCGAUCCAUCACGAGAGGGGUUUAUCCUACGCACUCUCUCAGCUCUUAACCUGCGCACUGGUGGCCGAAGGUUGACAACGUGUAGAGAGAGAUUGACCGUGCGUCUGAAUCGAGGAGGGAACAGACUAUAUAUAGGCCC